UCGUAGCAGUUUGGAGCGGAAAGAGAAAAUAAAAGAAACAAGACGAAUAUGGACAUAGCUCUGUUCUCCCCAUCUUCGCUUUUUCCCGACGACGACGAAGACACUUCUUCUCAUGAGGAAACGACAGAGACCCAGCAAAACUACGUGGAGAGGAGGCAUGAAUUUCCUGGAAUGGAAUUGCUCAUCAGAGAAUUUUCAUUCCACCAGCUGAAUGCCAAUUUACUCUGGCCUGGGACAUUUGCUUUUGCAGAAUCGUUGGUUCGGCACCGUUCGUGGGUAGAAGGCCGACGAUGCAUUGAAUUGGGCAGUGGCACCGGUGCUUUGGCCAUAUAUCUCUGUAAAUCAUUUUCUCUUGACAUCACAACGUCAGACUAUGAUGAUCAGGAAAUUGAAGAGAACAUAGCUCAUAACUGCAGGGCUAAUGGGAUUACACCUGUCCUUCCUCACAUUAAGCAUACAUGGGGAGACACCUUUCCAAUCACUGACCCAGACUGGGACCUGAUUAUUGCUAGUGAUAUCUUAUUGUAUGUGAAACAGUACGUGAACUUGAUAAAGACUCUUUCCUUUCUUCUCAAAUCUUACCAGCCUAAGGAUAACAAAGCAGUUCCACAGACGGAGAUUGAACAGAAUGGUGAAGCAGGGGUCAGGUUGCCCAGGCCAGCAUUUCUAAUGAGCUGGAGACGCAGAAUUGGGAAGGAGGAUGAGUCCCUCUUCUUCACUGGCUGUGAGAAUGCUGGGCUUGAAGUAAAGCAUAUUGGAUCACGUGUGUAUUGCAUCAAUCCUAGGCAAACGACGACUGUUUUCGAGACAGUAUAAAGCUAAUAGUAGAAGCUGGUACUUAGUUCAGAAAUUGAAAUCAACCUGAGUCAAUCGCGGUCUAGAUCAGCACCAUAUAUAGUCCAUUAACCAGAGAAAUUUUCUUCAUGACUCAGUUUGGCAGAAUAUUUGUACUUUUAUUUUUCUCUUGAGAAUUUCCACCAGAUAAACAAGUAUUUUUCUUCUCAGUUAUGGAAGUAGAAGAUCCCUUGUGAGAGUUUUUGUAGUAGGGAUCUGCAAUAUGUAACAUGUACUUCAAGAAUUUGAAAUGAAUUUUUAUAAGCAUAGUUACCAUUUU